AACAUGACAGUCUACCGCAGACGCCUUGCGUGCCCAACAAACACUUAAUAACUCUGUAUCCAGAAUUCAGCCGGCCACCAACUGGACGAUGUGACUUGCCAAAUUAUUGGCUUCCGAUAGAACGUGACAGUCUACCGCAGACGCGUCUUUCUUUCUUACAAAAUCAUCGCUAA